AUGAUCUUAAGGCAACAGCCGCUGGAUAUCAAAUGUGAGCCUAGAUUUGUUAAACAAAGGUCCCUGUAUCUUAGCUUCCUUUGGUUGAUUCUCUCCCUCUCUGUUGAUUGAAGAACAUAAUUGCGGAAAGCAAAAAUUACAUUCUGUGUUUCAUAUGUUUGGGCCUACCCCCAAAGCGCAUGGCUAGUGGACACUCGGAAAAAAAGCACAUUGAGAAUGUGAUUACAAUUCUAAAGCCAUUUAAGCCUACCUGUACCAACUUCCAAAAAAAAUCCUUACCUCAGGACACUUCACCAGGUGACUAUCCCAUGAAAAAUAAAGAGAAAGGUGCUCUCUGUGUCUGCAUUGAUCAUUACUUUAUUCACGGGACAAUCAAGCAGGCUUGUGUUUCUGUGUAGGAGGCCUUCACCAGAGCCUUGAGUAGGAACCUGUCAUGAGGCACCUAUAGCUUCAGAGGAGCAUGUACCAAUAGCGACUGUUGGUGUUGGUUUCACAGACCAGGCCACAGGGCAGCAGCAGAGGGGGUUCAAACUUCAAACCUCAAACCACACCCCAUCCGGUGUCAAGGUAGAGGGUGGACAUCCUACCCAUAAAGCCCUCUGAGAGGAGUUGUAAAAGUCAGCAGUACUGGGUUUCCUAAAGGUUGGUAGGAUGUUAGAUCAAGGUGGUUAUGGAGGCUCGUUUGAGAAAUGUAUCCCUCCCUCUGCGGUUGUGUUUUUGGACCCUUCUGCUUUGAGGCGGUGCCAAUGUGGUGUGGUCGUCCUGACGCCUGACCGUACGGUCCUGCCACCAUAUCAGAUGGGGUAUGAUCCAUUACUAACAGGUGUGUGUGUGUUUGUGUGCGUGUAUCUGUGUGUGUGUGCGCGUGUCUGUGUGUGUGUUUGUGCGCAUGCACGUCUGUUUGUGGCAGCCAUAUAUAACAUCAUAUCACACAUCACAAAGACACAAGGUGAAAGGAAAGAAAGUCCUGUGUUGUAGUAUGUUAUUCUAGCACUUGAUGACCAUAUCCCUCAGGUUCUCACCUUGUGUCCGUGCCAACCCACCCUUCCUCAUAAUCCCCAGUGUGUCCCUUAGUCUCCUCUCAUUGGUCAAGCUAUGGAGGCAAGAGGCUAGCAGACACAAUAAAAGGGAAGACGUUUGUUGUUGAAACCACCAAAUGCAGGGAAUGGAGUGACCAGCAAACCAUUUAAUUUAAAGGUAAGCACUGAGUGCUUCAUUUGAGGUAACUUUUUAUGUGAGGUAACUUUUUUGUUUUGGUCAGUCCUCAGAAUUGUUCAUGAAUUGAUAGCUACUUGUUACUUAAUGUGAUUUACUACCUUCAUCUAUGUUCUCUCUCUACCUAUCUCUACCUAUCUCUACAUUUCUCUCUCUCUCUCUCUCUCUCUCUCUCUCUCUCUCUCUCUCUCUCUCUCUCUCUCUCUCUCUCUCUCUCUCUCUCUCUCUCUCUCUCUCUCUCUCUCUCUCUCUCCCUACCUCUCUUUCUCUCUCCCUCUCUCUCCCUCCCCUUCUCAGAUCAUCGCACACCAAAAGCCACUGACAUGCCCUCUCUUCAUUUGCUCGCCAUGCUAACGACCCUCCUGGUGGUGGUCGUGAUGGCGACACAGUCGUCUGCAGCCAGAACCACCCGCAGACCCAAGCCUCAGAACACCAAGAAGCCCCCUCGCGGAGGUGGCACCGGAGGAGGUGGUGGAGGGGGAGGAGGUGGUGACCAGCCGGCCCGUCUGGGCUUCAGGCAGACCACCACCACCAUGGCCUCCUCCAGUAGCCUGGGCACCGACGAGACCACAGAGGAUACCAUGACGGACGCCUACUCCCUGUCGCCCACUGACAGCACCACCUACGCGGUCGACACCUACCCCACAGAGUUCCACACAGACUCCAUGGCGCCCCCGGGGGCCGGCCUGGGGAACUACACCCUGGACUACAGCCAGUGCUACUUAAAUGUCUGCGAAUGCUGCCCGCCUGAGAAGGGCCCAAUGGGGCCCCCGGGGGAGAGGGGACCCCCAGGGCCGAGAGCGGAGAGGGGACUUCCAGGUAGACUAAAUAAUAUAAAUUGUGUCGAUUUCACUACAAAGUGACUAAAAGUAUACAUAGAGAUCGUGACUGUAGUGGAUAGUGACCAUGACUCGUAGUUUGUGUGUGGUGUACUUGCAUAUAUUGUGUGUGUGCAUGGUGUGUACUCCUAAAUAGCUCCUCAUAUCCCCAACCCCCUUACCUCUUCCCCUCCUUCCCCCUGUCUUCUUUCAGGUGUACCUGGAGAGAAGGGGGAUGUGGGACUUAUGGGACCUCCUGGACUGGAUGGUAUGCCUGGAGCUACUGGACUUGAAGGAGAUAAAGGUUAGCUUGCCAACUCUCAUAUACAACUGUUAAAGGACCUCCCCAGAGGAAGUUGCCGCCACUAUUUCAACAUAAUUUCCUGACCUAGAGAGGAAUUGCACAUUUUGGUUUCACCUCGGAAGAAUGACGAAGGUUACUUAUACAUAUUCACGAAUUGGGUGUGGGAAUUUCCACGUGGAGAUGAUAAACAUCAACAAAGAUGGCACUGACAGCUGUCAGUGUAGCUAGCUAGCAUGCUAACCUUAUCUAGCUAGCUAGUGUUAUCUCCAAAGUUUUGGCAUCUUCCAUAAAUUGCGGCUGCGAAUCCGCCAUUUAAAUAGUUAGAAAGAAUAAGAUGAAACUCUGGUAAUAUGGAUAACUAUUGAAAGAUAGCUGAUAUGCAUUUUCUUACAUUGUAAUGGACACGGUGCACCCUUUGUUAGGUAGGCUGCUGGCAGACUUUGGCUGCGGUACAGCAAAGCUAAGUCAGCCUGUGCUCAUGGUUCUCACGCAAUUAAUUAUACCAUUUAUAAAAUGGUUAUAUAUUUUUUUUUUGUUUAAAAAAAAUGAUACAGACUAUCUUAAAAAACAGUGACAAAUUGACAAAUUAUCCUAUGGAGGUGUAAAAACAUACGUUUGAACCCCCUAUUUGUGCCACGGCUCAGGCAGCCAUGUAGACACAAGGCAGUUUGGCUCAUCUCAGUCACGAAAAGGAUUAACUGUGAAGCUGUUUCUGAUUCAUAAACAAUUCCAUGCUGGUGGUAACAUUCAAAUAAAACCCAGCCCUGAAUUGAAAUGUAGGCAGAAAAUCAUUUGUAUGUCAUAUCAUAGGAAAAGACACAGAAUUUACACGGAUUUGCAUGAAGUGGGCAGUUCAGAUUUGUCACUUUAAGCCCAAAUAUAUCAUACUUUGACUAAAAGAAAGGAUGAAUUAUUGACUUAAAUUGUUGUGCAACAUCAUGGGUAAACUCUGUCCAUCGUUUUCAGCUCGAAAAAGUGGAUUUCUACUGGUGUAGGCGUUUAAAGAAUGUAAUCUGGGUUUUUACAUUUAUAGUCCAAAGUGUUAGCUACUAUGCUAUCUCUUAUCUCAUUCCUGAACACGUCGCUUUCUGGUGCUGAUUUCAACAAAUCUGUAACUUUGAGUAUUGAUGCUGGGGAAUGAUAUCUAUACCCACAUGUUUAAGAUACCAAUCCUUCUCUCUUUCUAUUUGAUAGGUGACCAAGGAGAUCAAGGAGACAUGGGGAUGCCUGGUGAUCCAGGGAUACUUGGGAAACAGGGACAGAAAGGUAUACAAUGUUCCCUAAAUGUCAUCAGAGUGUAGAAGCAGAGUAGCACUAGUAUAAUGCUAUUGCUAGAAUACCACACUAUAUUAGGGGAGAAUAGUAAUCUUAUUAGACUGAAUGUCAACUGUUGUUUCACUAUCAAAGACUUUCUUGCUACAGUAAGCGACUAAGUUCCUUCUCACAGGUGACUUGGGCCCCAAAGGAGAAAAAGGAGGAACAGGCCUCCCUGGCUUGAAAGGAGACCCGGGAGAAAGGGGAAAGCCUGGGCGGAAUGGGACCCAGGGCGAGAAAGGUGACAUGGGUAGAAUAGGCCCUGUAGGUCCCUCCGGGCUGACUGGCCCAAUGGGACAGAAUGGCCAAAAGGGAGAGAUGGGGGAGUGUGCAACUGUCGAGAAGGGAGAGAAAGGGGAGGCGGGCUUACCUGGCCCCCCUGGGCCGAGGGGGUGGGUGGGACCCCCAGGAGUAAACGGAACCAAUGGUCUACCAGGGCCUGUAGGUGUGAGGGGUCAGAUAGGCUCCCCGGGAGGGAAAGGGGAGGCAGGGGGGCGGGGGCCUCCAGGUCCCCCAGGCUUGAGGGGCAUGCCUGGGCCGAAGGGAGAGAAAGGCCCCAAGGGCCCACGGGGUGUGCGGGGUCCCAAGGGCCCCCAGGGGGAGACCGCAGAGCAGAUACGCUCUGCCUUCAGCGUGGGCCUCUUUCCCAGCAAGUCCUUCCCCCCUCCAGGCCUGCCCGUCAAGUUUGACAAGGUCCUCUACAACGAGGAGGAACACUGGGACCCGAUGCUCAGCAAGUUCAAUUGCUCCCACCCCGGGGUCUAUGUGUUCUCCUACCACAUCACCGUGCGCAACCGGCCCCUGCGCGUCGCACUGGUGAUUAAUGGCGUGAAAAAGCUGCGCACGCGUGACUCCCUGUACGGUCAGGACAUCGACCAGGCGUCCAAUCUGGCUCUGCUGCGUCUGGCAUCAGGGGACCAGGUAUGGCUGGAGACGCUGAGGGACUGGAACGGAGUCUACUCCAGCAGCGAAGACGACAGCACCUUCACCGGCUUCCUGCUCUAUGCCGACCCCAAGGCCUGA